AUGUCAUGGCGUCCGACUUACCGAAGCUCCAAGUUUCGAAACGUGUACGGGAAGGUGGGGAGCCGUGAUCAAUGCUUUGACGGCAUCCCCAUCACCAAGAACGUCCACGACAGCCACUUCUGCGCCGUCAACGCCAAGUAUGUCGCCGUGGUGACGGAGAGCGCGGGCGGAGGCUCCUUCAUGGUCCUCCCCAUCAAACAGUGCGGGCGGCUGGACUCUCACUACCCCAGAGUGUGUGGUCAUCAGGGGAACGUGCUGGACAUAAAAUGGAACCCUUUCUUCCACAACAUCAUUGCCUCCUGCUCAGAGGACACCUCGGUGCGUGUAUGGGACAUCCCAGAGGGCGGGCUGAAGCGGAACAUGAGCACCGCCCUGCUGGAGCUUUACGGACACAGCAGGAGAGUGGGACUCAUCGAGUGGCAUCCGACCAGCAGCGGCAUCCUCUUCAGCGCGGGAUACGACUACAAGAUCCUCAUCUGGAACCUGGACCUGGGAGAACCAGUGAAAAUGAUCGACUGUCACACAGACGUGGUUCUAAGCAUGUCCUUCAACACGGACGGAAGCCUCUUGGCCACGAGCUGCAAAGACCGAAGACUGAGGGUCAUCGAGCCGCGCUCCGGAGCCGUGCUGCAGGAGGCCAGCUGUAAGAACCAUCGAGUGAACCGUGUGCUGUUCCUGGGAAACAUGAAGCGUCUGCUGACCACCGGCUUCUCCCGCUGGAACACCCGGCAGAUCGCCCUGUGGGACCAGGAGGACCUGUCCAUGCCCAUGGUGGAGGAGGACAUCGACGGCCUGUCCGGACUGCUCUUCCCUUUCUACGACACCGACACACACAUGCUCUACCUCGCUGGGAAGGGAGACGGAAACAUCCGUUACUUCGAAGUGACCGCAGAGAAGCCAUACCUGCAGUACCUCAUGGAGUUCCGGUCCCCAGCUCCGCAGAAGGGACUAGCUUUCCCUUCUGUGCCACAGACCAGUGCAGGAAUGUGUGGGGCUCUUGAGGGUUGUGGGGGCCUGAGGUUCCUUAAGAACAAAUAA